AUGCACAGAACAAAUGAGCUCGAUGAAAAAAAGCCGGAUAAGUUUCUGCACGAUCAAUCAACUCCGAGUCGCAAUACUUCUGAUGACUCGCACACUCAGAUCGAGAAGGUACCGAGGGCAUCAGUUGAAGACCAUGUCGUAAAAAACACCCGACCUACUGGAAUUGUGCGACGAUUCCUCUGGGGCUUCACCUGUGAUCACUCAACCACCGUCUAUUCACUGGAUGGGAAGCCAUUAAAGACGGAAGGAGCUCUCCAAAAGAAUCUGAAGCCACGACACUUGAAGAUGAUUGCUAUAAGUGGGUGUGUUGGCACCGGUUUGUUUGUUGCCUCGGGAAAAGCUUUGGAGGCAGGCGGUCCUGCGUCAUUGCUGAUAGCGUUCAUGGUGAUUGGAUUUAUGCUCCAUCUUACGAUGCACUCGUUGGGAGAGAUAACUGCUCUAUAUCCAGUAGCUGGAUCGUUUGCAGCCUAUUCAACGCGCUUUAUCGAUCCAGCUUGGGGCUUUGCUAUGGGAUGGAACUACUCAAUACAGUGGCUCACUGUACUUCCACUAGAAAUAAUCGCAGCAUCUGUUACGGUCAAUUUCUGGGACAGUGAUAAGACUAAGCACCUAAUUUUUGUUUCAGUAUUUCUUGUGGCAAUUAUUGCCAUUAAUUUGUUUGGCGCCGCAGGGUUUGGCGAAGCUGAAUUUAUAUUUGGAAGCAUCAAAGUUGCUGCCGUGGUCGGCUUCAUAAUUUUUGGCAUUAUUAGUGAUUGUGGGGGUGUACCAGGACAUGGAUACUUAGGCGGAACUUACUGGCGAGAUCCAGGCGCAUUUCACAACGGCUUCAAAGGCCUCAGUAGUGUUCUCGUGUGCGCAGCAUUUUCAUUUGCUGGGACUGAGCUGGUCGGCUUAACAGCAGCCGAGUGCGAAAAUCCGAGUAAAGAGCUUCCAAAGGCAAUUAAGCAGAUAUUUUGGCGCAUCUUAAUCUUCUACAUCACAUCACUAAUCUUAAUUGGACUACUCGUUCCUUACAGCGACUCCCACCUUUUGAGAUCAGGAAACGCAGAUUCUAUGGCAUCUCCUUUCGUCAUCGCAAUAGAGCGUGCGGGUGUUUCAGUGUUUCCAUCGAUAAUGAACGCGGUAAUUUUCGUUGCACUAAUAUCUGUCGGAAAUUCAUCUGUAUAUGGCUCAUCGAGAACCUUAUCCGGUCUAGCACACGAUGGACAGGCACCCAAGAUAUUGGGCUACAUUGACCGAAAUGGACGCCCGAUCUUCAGCAUGUUAGUUGCUUCUGUAUUCGGACUUUUAUGUUAUAUUGUGAAUCUUAAAUCUCAGGCUACUGUAUUAGAAUGGAUGUUGUCGUUGUCUGGACUUUCUUCAGUCCUUACAUGGGGCUCUAUCUGUCUAGCUCAUAUACGUUUCCGUCUGGCAUGGACUAGUCAAGGAAAUAGCCUCGAGGAUCUCCCAUAUCAAUCGCCUUACGGAAUCUGGGGCUCUAGUUUAGCGCUUUUUAUCAAUUUUCUCGUCAUUGCAGCCCAAUUUUGGAUUGGUGGCUGGCCCGUAGGCUACCGAGAUCCAAAACAACAAGCCGAAACUUUCUUCAAAGCCUUCCUCUGCAUUCUGAUCAUAGCGACCUUUUAUAUUUCCUUCAAGAUUUGGAAAAAGACAAAAAUCGUCGGGAUCAAUGCUAUCGAUUUGGACUCCGAUCGACGUAAUAUCAUUGAUCCAAGAGAAGCGAGAAAACAGCUCAAACUCGAGCGCGAGUCAAUGUCCAAGCCGAAAUUGAUUUUGAGUUACUUGUUUUAA